AUGUUGGGUUCCUUGGAAUCUUGCAUCUAUGAAAAUUUCAUGGAUGGAAGACUAAAAGCUAGGAAACCAAAGGCACCUGGUUAUGUAUAUAGAGAUGAGUUGGAUAGGAAGGCUUCACCAAGCAAGCUAAAGAGAAGUGAUGACGUUGACCCACAACCAUUGCUUCAAAAAGAAGUUGAGAAGCAUUCUGAGAGAAAAAGCAGUAGCAGUGGUUGUGUUGAGGGGAAAGGUGGGCUUAGAGUUAAAAUUGUGAUGACAAAGGCAGGCGCGGCUCGCCUACUGGCAAAGUCUAAGGAUGGAGGGUUUCUCGAAUUCAAGGACGUAGUUCAAGAGCUGGUAGAAAUCCCUAUGAAUCGUGUUAGUGUUAUUGUCCCAAAAACUAAUAGUGAUCGCGUACUUGAGAGUAUCCCCGAAGAACUAUAG